CAAAAACAACUAAAAAAUAAUAUUCUCAAAAAAUGAAAAUGCAACAAACCAAAGUGAUGUUUUUCUUGUUAGCGCUAAUCUCAACAUUGAUGUUCCAACCAUCGGAAGCUCGGAAUACGAACCUGUGUGAAACAACAGCGAUAGAGAAGGAGCCUGGAUGUUUCGAUGCAUUGAGAUUAGCGGCAGGCGACGCAGAUUUCCGAUGGCUAAAUAGAGAUUGUUGCAGGGCAGUGAGAACACUUAAUGAUACGUGCCUCUUGCUUAUUUAUCCUGGCAGAGCUUACCCUAUUAGAAUCUUCAAAAGCAUUUGUAUUGGCAAGUUUCCUCCAUUGCGUCAUUAGUUUUAUCAUUUUCUUUAUCUUU